AUGGCAGGCGGCGUGUCACCGUCACCCGGGGACUCUCCUCGUCUGUCACCUGGCGAGCAGCUUGCAGAAGAGUCACGGCUUCACCGGAGCGAGACGCGCGAUGAUCGACCGACGAGCGACCCGAGGCCAGUCGAGCAGUCUGCCAGUGCUCAGCCAACAAUCAACCCAACACCAGCGCCACCGCCCUCGACGAAUCCCAGAUCCGAUACGGCGCCAAUGGCUUCACCUCCAGCAUCACAUGCGAAUGCGCCCCAAGCAGGUCAUGCUACCACCGAGCCUCCGACCCAGACCACGCAUGCUUCGCCGAUGACGGCACCCCCAAAUUCUCGACCAGCAAGCACCCAAUCUUGUCCCGAGAGCGCUGUCACACCAGGCAGAUCACCUAGUCAGCCAGCUCAGGCCACGGCGCAAUCAUUCUCGAUGAAACCCGUCGGGCGCGUCAAGGUUGCGGUACCAAAGGCAUUGAGCACGAGACCAAACAUUGACAGGAACUUCGCCGUUAUGCAAAUGGGACCUUCGGCACCACGAAGUACCGCCAUGGCAGAUAAUCGCGAGCGCGCGGCGCAGCGGAGCAGUGAGGCCACACAAGCAGCAGCUAUGGCCGGGAGCUCUGGCAACCGACCCUCUCAUGCUAGGCACAUAUGGAGACCUUCAAGCCCUAAGCAGCAAUCUGCGUCUCCUGCCCCUCAGGCACAGUUCAAGCAAUCGCCUUUCCCGCUGACGUUCCCGUCUUCUCAGACAACCAAGGACGAGCAAGCUCGAAUGUUGACUUUUUUAAGAAGCCUACAUCCGGUGAUUGUGGUGGACCAGUUGUGUAAAGCACUGGCGUACUUUGGAGGCAUCCCCGGCGCGCCUCCGCCACCCAGCAUUGAAAGCUUCCCCCACAGUUUACAAGGGCAUGGGUCUGGGGCGUUUCUUGUAGGCUGGCUGUCUGAAAUCUUCCCACCAGCUGACUUUACGAAACCCCCCUUCUCCAACUUCCCGAGCAACCCUGCGGCCUUGACCAAUGUGUCAGAUUUCGCAGGGCCAUUUGACAAUGGGAGCACCGCUGCUGCGGUUCCAGCCAAGCCCACGGCGGCAUCAGCGACCGCAACGGCACCAGCGACUACACAAGAGGCAAGCCCGCCACAGGCCGAUAUCCCACUGAGGAGGAAACGAGGACGGCCCAAGGGCAGCAAGAGCAAAACGCCGCGCAAAGACAAGGGCAUUAAGAAAGACCUUCGUCUCCUGCAGCAGGCGACGAAUGAUACGGACAGUCUAGCUUCUACUCAGACGGGACCUCAGCCAGCAUCGCAAGCGCCUCCGGAGACGCCAACGGGUACCGGGGCCAUCGCUGCGAACCCAGACGCAGACCGCCCGAGCUCAAGUAAAAGGGGCAGGCCCAAGGGGUCCAGGUCAAGGGUCAAACCGGUGCCCACGCCCAAUCUGCCACCUGGCAUUGGAACACAACCAUAUAAUCCUCAGCAAGCGACAUCCACAGCCAAUGCGUCGUUAGCCCCCUUUGCUCCUAUGAUGGCGACUACCUCUGCUCCAGAAGCUGUUAUGGAUGACUCCCGGACGCAGAAUCAGUAUAGCUCGGCAUAUGCGGAUCAGCCUGCUCAUCAAAAACCCCACAAGUCAAUCGCUGAAGCGACCUUGUCACAGCAUGCGCAGAAUUGGGCGGAUCCUCCCGCAGAUAGCCCUUGGGUCCCAAUGUCGCCUCAGCAAGCUGCUCGGCCUGCGCCUCAGAAUAGUACACAUGCUUCGGUAACGCAAACCGUACCGCCAGAUGCUCGAAAACGAAAGUCUGUUCAAGACGCUGCACCCCAGGCCUUGCCCGAGCUUGAACGGCGGCCCCAUGACCAGCAAUACCAACAGCCCUCUAGAAGCCAGCGGGUAGACGCCGGCCACAACGACCAGGCCAAAAGACGCCGGGUAUCGGGAGGCCCUCGCUCCGCUUCCACUGCCAGCAAUAUGUCCCAGAACUCAAACCAUGGCGCAGCACCAAUGUUGAGCCAAACACCAUCCGGUAACUACACGUCCGGGCCCAACACGCGCCCUGCAAUGGGCCAGAACAGUCAGCAACCGAGGCCGUACCACCAGCCACCUCCUCAAUAUCAGCAGCCGCCUCCCCCUCAGCAGCAGCAACACCAUCAUCACCAACAGCGGCAACAACAGCAACAACAACAACAACAACAACAAAAACAACAACAACACAAUAAUGCCGGAAACAGGGGUCAGCAGCAAUACUACCCCUCCAGCCAGCCACAGAGUCAAUACAGCCAGUACAAGCAGGCUUCGGCGGGCAUUAGCAGCAACAACGGCAACACUGAAACCACUGGCAACCGGGAAUUCAGCGAAUACCCUGCCUCGCAAACACGGUAUCUUUCUAUGCAGUACGCCAUGAGCGCGAACAACGCUGUGCCAGGAUCGCAGGGCGGCAAUGGCGGCGGGUACACCGGACAGGGAGUCUUUGAUGCUUUUGGCCGGCGUUAA